AAAAUUUACAUGUAAUGAAAUGAAAGUUGAGAGAGAUGUAGUAAUAAUUUUAUAUAUAAAAGUAAGACUGCUUGGAUCCAUUGAAAAAAAAAAGCUUCUUCACAUUCCUAAGUCUUAUACAACUUUGUUUAUUGUGUCUGCUUUAUUGAAAAACACCAUGUCGAAGAAAACAAUCCUGUCAGUGGAGCUGCUGUGUCCAAAGUGCAGGCAGAAGGUAAUGCAUGUAAUUUCAGAGCUAGUGGGGAUAACGUCCAUCACCCUCGAUCCAUCGAAAAAUACGGUAAUGGUUACCGGCGAAGCUGAUCCGUUUAAGAUCAUUAAGAAAGUCAGGAAGUUCCGUAAACACGCAUCGAUCGUAAGUAUAGGGGCCGCAAAAGAGGAGAAGAAGGAUGAGAAGAAGGAUGAGAAGAAGGAUUGCCGGAAAGAUGUAGUGAUAUACUCUCCAAAGACAUGCCGGAGAUGUGAAGUUUGGUACGUUGUGCAUGAUGAUCUUUACCAUCAUUGUUCCAUUCUGUAAAAUUAAGAUCCCCCCAUAUUCCCAAUGUAAGCUUUUGUUGCAUAUCUAGAAUUCUAGUUUCAAAAUGACAAGUGCCAGAGGAACUUCAUAUCUUUCAAGUAGCUCUGGAUAAGCAUAUUUAGCCUUUUUCGGUCCCUUGUAUAUCAUAAACCUUAUGAUGUUUCAUGGCCAACUUUUAGUAUGUCUAAAAGGUUUAUAUUUCUUUUAUCAAUCAUUUUAUUUUCUGCAAAA